GUCUACUUGUUUUUCUCUUUUUAUUUUCUGUGUUGUGUCAAAAUCAAAAGCAAAGGCGGAAUUUUAAAGAAAUGACCGACAAAAACAUUUUUAUUUGUGCCCCAGAUGAUUGUAAAAUUAAAAUAAUUAAAUGGAAAGUACGCGAGGGUUUUCCCGUUGGCAAUUCACAAGUAAUAUUGGUUUAUGAAGUCUGUGAUGGCGUUAAUAACGAAGUUAAAAAACUCAAAGCUACUAAAGUUGGUGUUGUCAAAAAGCGUCUAUUUAAAGAUGGCGCUAUCGUCGAAAAAGGAUCAGCCUUAUUAUCACUUUCUUCAUGCGUCCAUACGACUGUUAUAAAAGACAUGUGUGCCGAUUGUGGUGCGGAUUUGCGCCAAAAUGAAAAUGGCAAUGCUUCUGAAGCCUCUGUGCCGAUGGUUCAUUCUGUGCCCGAUUUGAAAGUGACACAGAAACUGGCUCAAAAACUAGGCCAAGCUGAUACGAAGCGACUGCUGCAGGACCGUAAAUUGGUCUUGCUGGUGGAUUUAGAUCAGACUGUUAUUCAUACGACAAAUGACAAUGUUCCAAACAAUGUUAAAGGAAUAUAUCAUUUUCAAUUAUAUGGUCCGCAUUCGCCAUGGUAUCACACAAGAUUGCGACCUGGGACCCCAGAAUUCCUGAAACGCAUGUCAAAUUCAUAUGAAUUGCAUAUUUGUACAUUUGGGGCUAGGAACUAUGCUCAUAUGAUUGCUCAGCUGUUGGAUCCGGAUGGACAGUUCUUCUCUCACAGAAUUCUUUCCCGUGAUGAGUGUUUUAAUGCAACAAGCAAAACGGAUAAUCUAAAGGCUUUGUUUCCAUGUGGGGAUUCGAUGGUGUGUAUCAUUGAUGACAGAGAAGAUGUAUGGAAUAUGGCAUCUAACCUCAUUCAAGUGAAGCCAUACCAUUUCUUUCAACAUACCGGUGAUAUAAAUGCACCACCAGGACUUUCAAAACAUGAGUUGGACGGCAAAGGAGUUGAUUUCAAAGAUCUAAAAAAUGCAACAACAGAUGAUGAGAGUGUUGAGGAGAAAAGUGUAUCCGAAGAAAACCUUAAAACUGAAGAAUCUGAAUCAAUUAAUGAAGAAUCAAAAGAAAGUCCACUUCAACCAGAAGAAUUCAAAGAUGUUGCUGAAGAUGCAAUUGAGAAAGAUUUAAAAACAACUCCAAGUGAAACUGACACAACAAAUAAAGAAGAAAAAGAAGAUAUUGACCUUUCAAGUGAUAUUUCUGACGAGAACAUAAAGUUACCUGAUAUUCCUCAAAGAGUAAAAGUGUGUACGGAUAGUGCAACAAAUGAAAUUGAAAUCGAAGAUCCCGAUGAUUAUUUACUCUAUCUUGAAGUUAUAUUAAAUAACAUUCACCAUAGAUUUUAUGAAAUCUACGACGAGACUAAAGAAAUUCCCGAUUUAAAAAUUAUUGUACCGAAAAUUCGUUCCGAAGUUUUACGUAAUAAGAAUUUAGUAUUCUCUGGUUUGGUACCGAUGAAAAUGAAGUUAGAACAAAGUCGGGCCUAUUUUAUAGCGAAAAGCUUAGGAGCUAAUGUAAGUCAGAACAUUGGUGAAGAAACUACGCAUUUAGUUGCUGUGACGUCGGGAACGUUUAAAGUUAAUGCUGCGAAAAAGAAACCAAACAUUAAAAUUGUAAACGCUAACUGGCUUUGGUCAUGUGCUGAACGUUGGGAAAUUGUAGAUGAAAGACUGUUUCCGCUUGAUCGUAAAAAUAAGAAUAAAACUCGUCAACCACCAGCACAUUGUCACAGUCCUGAACAUGUUGUAAAUUAUAGUGAAAAAUCGGAGAUAUCCUCAUCAUCGAAUAUGCAAGACGACGAGCCGGAAAAAUUCAUUGACACCAUCAACCCCCUGCUUAGUUUUUCAAAUGCAGACUUGGCAGACAUGAACAAAGAGUUUGAUCAGUUCUUUGAGUCAGACUCUUCUUCCGAGGAUGAGCAUGUAAAUAUUGAAAACCCACCAGUUGAUAAAACUUUGAGAAAACGUAAACGUCAAGAAAAAGAGGAAGAACGUCAACGUGAAUUUUUUUCAAGAGAGCAGAAGAGCCUUCUUAUGAAACAAACAAGCCCAGAAAAUGAGGAGAAAAGCUCAGCUGAAGACGAGGAUGAAAUGCCGAGUACAAAAUUCCGUAGAGGAGAGCAUUUACCAUCUGACUUGGAUAUUGGCUCUGAAUCAAACGAUGGAUCUGACCCGCAAGAUAAUGAAGAUGAUGGUGAUUGGAAUAUGAUGGGGGCCGCAUUAGAGAGAGAAUUUUUGGGACUAGGCGACUGAAAAUUAGGUGUCGCCUUAACAUCGUAAAUUUGAUGUUUUUUUCGGUUCAGAUGAUUCGAAAACGUUGUUAAGAAUUAAAUUAAAUUUUUUAAAUACACAAAAUGUUUUACUCCUAUGGAGUAAAUAUUUAAGCCUUAAGUGAACUGUUAUUUAUAGAUAUUAGUGUCACUUGUAGUUUUUUCGUAUUUAAAAUAUGCGGGGAAAAAUAAAUUAUAAUUUUAAUCAAAAAUUUUGACUACUUUCAUCCUAAAUUUGUUCACUAGUGAAUUUUAGCGUGCAAUGAAUAUAUUAUUUGUUUUUCCUUUGAAAUUAGUUAUAUUUAAAAUCUCUUAAGUAAUUCCUAUGAUAAAAUGAAGUUAAACAAAAAAGAAAAAUAUAUUUUAUUU